AUGGAAAGACAAGAGGUAAACCAAGAAGCUAGCAAGCUCAUUGAGAAAGAGUGGGACAACAUGGCUGCAAUCUUCAAGAAAACUGCAGAAGUAGGCACAUGUCAAGGCUCUAUGAUCCUCUAUCAUCACACUCUUGCUGAUAAAUCCAAUAAAAUACUUGAAGUUGGUGUAGGAACUGGCAGAAGCUCCCAAAUGUUCUCUCAAAGCUUCAUGAAGCAAGGAGCCCUCUAUGUCAACACUGACAUCAGCGACAACAUGAUCGAAGUGUUCCGGCAGAACUUGGCUACCACCGGUUUCGAAGUUGAGCACCAGGAUGUCUACACUGAGGUAGUGCCUGAAGCCGACCAGAAGAAGAUUGUCAUCAUGAAAGCCAACAACGAAGAGCUUCCAUUUCCAGAUGAAGAGUUCGAUUGCUACGUGUCGAACCUGUCGUUACAGAUAGUGGACAACCCUGGCAACCAGCUCUUGGAAGCCUGCAGAGUGCUGAAGUCAGGAGCCAAAGCUGGUUUCACUGUCUGGGGUGACGAGUCCAGGUGCAGGAACUUCACGUUUCUGCAGGAGGCCUUGGCAGGACUUGGAUAUGAAUUCGAGUUAGCUCCAUCAAUUGCAUCAUCAUUUAAGUUGAGAGAUGCGAAGAAGGUGAGAGAAAAUGUGUUGGAGGCUGGAUUCAAAGUGUGCAAGAUCUUUACUGUUAAUCUUCCUUUUGCUAUCGAACCUCAAGAAGAGUUCCUUAACAUUAUGGUUAAGCCUCAUUUUGAGAGGUUUGCAAAAGAACAAGAAUUUGAAGAUGUCAAGAAAGAAGAUCUCUGGCAAAAAGUUCGUGAUGAAUUUUAUUUCAGAUACGGACCAGAAUCAUCAGAACUUCCAGAUUUUGAGCAGACUGUGUGAAUCGCAACGAAAUAGAUUUUUUGGGAAUUAAUUCAAUAAUUUA